ACACGCCCGAAAGGUGUAAGGAGGAGCCGGGCAUCCGCAUGUAGCCCUUGUUUUGUCCACGAUCAACUUACAGCUGGGCAUCCUCCUCCUCCUCCAUCUCAGCUGUUGCUCUGGAGAAAGUGUAAGCUACCGCUUCCUCCUCCUUUCGUAUGCUUGCGCUUCUUUUUUGCUGCUUCUCCGUCCCAAGACUUUCGCCUCGGUUUUUGGAUGCGACGGACACACAGAUGUCGGUAGGAGACCUGUUCAUCACAUUUUCCUAGUAGUUUCUGUUGGUAUUGUAGCUGCUCAUUCGGCACGGCGGCGCCCAUGGAGAACGCUACCCAGCUCCAGCCUCAGCAGCCUCAGCAGCAGCAGCCACAGCCCCAGCCCCAGCAGCAAGCGCAGCCUCAGCCGCUGGGGCUGUCCAUAUCCAAAGGCACCGCCGGCGCCGCGGAGAGCCCAGCGGCGGAGGACAUCGCCACCCUCUCGGACGAGGAGCUCCUGAGGUGGACCAAGGAGGAGCUGGUCCGCCGUCUGCGCCGCUCGGAAGCCGACAAGAUGAGCGUGAUCAUGGACCACGCCAAUCUGAUACGCGAGGUGAACCGCAGCCUCCAGCUGCAUCUGAACGAGAUCCGGGGGUUGAAGGAUGUGAACCAGAAGCUGCAGGAGGAUAACCGGGAGCUGCGUGACCUCUGCUGCUUCCUGGAUGACGACCGGCAGAAGGGCAAACGGGUGUCGCGCGAGUGGCAGCGCCUUGGCCGCUACAGUGCCAGCAUCAUGCGCAAGGAGGUGACGGUCUACCUUCAGAAGCUGAAGGAGCUGGAGCAGCGGCAGGACGAGGUGGUGCGGGAGAACCUGGAGCUGAAGGACAUGUGUCUCCUGCUGGAGGAGGAUAGUGGUGGUGGAGGUGUUGGUGUUGGUGGUGGUGGAGCUCCAGGAUGCAGGAGCUCCAUAGACAGCCAGAGCAGCCUGCUGAUGGUGCCCGGCGUGGGGCUCCUGAUGAGGGACAUGGGGGACGGCAGCAGCACCUCCAGCGCUGGAAGUGCCGACAGCAGCACGGACCUGCAGCACCACCUGCUCCACAACAAGCAGCAGGCUGGGCUGGGUGGAGGUGGAGGAGGUGGUGUGGGCGUUCCAGGAGGAGGCGUUGGCGGAGUUGGUGGUGGUGGUGGUGGUGGUGGUGACGUGUCGCAGAGCCCCGAACACUUCCCUGUGACGCCGCGCCACCGCAGCACCAGCCUGGACUACGCGUAUAUGAUACCGCCGCCGUGCCGCCCUCGCUGCGGCUCCAUCUCUGUGCCUGACCACUACACGAUGCGUGGGCUCAGCCCGGAGAAAUAUGGCCGCUCCGGGGGGAGGAGUCCAGAGCAGCGGACCAAGCACAGCAGCAUCGCACCCCCCGACUCCCAUCAUCAGAGGCAGUACCACCAACCCCACCACCACCACCACCACCACAUGGGUUCGAAUCCCGGCAGCCCCAUGGGGAGCGUGGAGUUCUUCCAGCGCGGGCAGAGAACCAGCGUGGGCAGCAUGGGCAGCAGUUGCGGAAGCCCAGAGCCCAGGCAGUCGGGCUCGCUACUGGGCACGCCCGAGCACCAUCACCACCCACACCACCCACAACACCAACAACAACAACACCACCCACAACACCACCACCAACUCCAUCAACAACAUCACCACCAGCUCCACGAUGGCACCAAGUUUGCUGUGGUGGCGCCUGGGAGCGGAAGCCCGGAGACUAUGAGGCAUCAGUAUCAUGGUGGGGUGGUGGGGCCGGAGCAUGGUGGAGCAGGGGGCAAGUUUGGUAGUCCGACAGCGACAGGGGGUGGUCAGCGGAGGUCCACGGCAGGAGGAGAGGUGGAGGUGUCUCCCCAACAUAGGGGCAUCUACAACGGGAUGAACGCAUUGAUAUCAGCUGGCUGCUGUACCACCAACUGCAGAAAUGUCAAGAUGUGGGACAGUUUCGAUGCAUCCUCUUGACCACAUCUUUGCGCGGAGGAGUCAGAUGGGAGGAUGACUACUGUAUAAUGUGCAUUCAGGCCCCAUGCUGCCACAACAAGAUGACCCUGCCAACUAUUCUCUCUCUCUCUCUCUCUCUCAUUCCCCAUUUCUUCUUCUCUUGUUCUCUCGUUCUGUCUUUCUCAUUGUUGUUCUCUCCCUCUCCUACUCUCUACCUCUGUUUGCCUCUUUUGAUCAGUCUUUCUUUCUCUGUGCCUGUCU